UCCUCUCCUUCCCCCCGUGCUCAUCCCUCUCCGAUCCGGUUAUCACUCUUCGCUUCAUUGCUAGGGUUUGCUUCAACUGCUCUCAUUUUCCCUAUAUCGCAGAGGGAGAUCGAGAUGAGGCAGAUCCAGUACUCCGAGAAGUACUUCGACGACAUCUACGAGUACAGGCAUGUGGUUCUACCACCCGAGAUUGCCAAAAUGCUGCCGAAGAGCCGCCUCCUGUCUGAGAACGAGUGGCGGGCGAUCGGAGUGCAGCAGAGCAGGGGAUGGGUGCACUACGCGAUCCACCGCCCGGAGCCGCACAUCAUGCUCUUCCGGCGCCCGCUCAACUACCAGCAGCAGCAGCAGAGCACCCAGGCUGCGCCCAUCGCUUACCCCACCCAAUUCGUUCCCAAGUGACGGCGUCCGUGCUUCCGAUGGUAAACAAUAGACCGAGAAGCUCUCUUUACUUUUGAGGGUUUUCUAAACUGGUCCUCGAACUCAUUGCGAGUAAUCUCUCGCGUUACUUUCUAGUAUCUGUUUGUGAGUUGGAAAAGGUGACUGCUGAUACCUGCAAACUGAGUCUAAACCAACUUUAGUUUUGCACUACAUCCUUUCUAUCAUCAUGCUUUAGCUGUUGCAUUCCUUGUUGUUUAUAUGUGUUAUGAUGCAUAAUAACUAUUUCUAUAGAAUGGAAAAGACAGAAAAAAA